AUGUCUCAUCACUCUUCCCCCAAGAAUUGGGGUCUGACCUACCAUCAAACCCUCAGUUCCUUUGGGGGAGAGUUUGGAAGAUGGAAGGGGAUUCAAAGGCACAGGACCUCCAUGUUACCUCUCAGUCAUCGGCUGUUGCACCGAGCACGCCAUCUGAGCCGGGAGCUUUGCCUGCUGCUGAGCCUGGCUGGACUAGCCAUCGCCGGUCUGCUCUCUCUGUAUAAGUCAUGGAUUUGCUUUUACGUGCCAGUGGGUGCUCCCGGCAAUUUCACCGUCAUUGACAUCUACACCUCUCUCCUUGUUCCCUGCCCAGAGACCGAAUGCACACUGGAGCCUGAUCAGCCGCCCUAUUACCUGACUUACUCCGUUGUCUUCAUACUCAUUGCUAGCCUCAUCAGUUUCCUUCUCUGCCUGGCCCUGGCCUACUCCAUUAUCUUCUUCACAGGCUCAGUGCCCAUCUUUGACCUGUCCACCUCCAUUGCCAGCUUCACUUCAGGCAUGAUCCCUAAUUCUUGGCCCUUUUCCCUGUUCCUGUUCCUGUGUGCCCUGUUCUACCUGCUUCAGGCCCAGAAUUUCCUGCAGGAGGGAAUGAGCUACACCCUGGAAAUAAACUACUACCUGACAUGGGUGGGCAUUUUCCUCUUCAUGAUGACAGGCUUCCUUUGCUUCCUCAACUAUCUGAAUUUCUGGUCUAUAAUUACACCUGGGGGGUGCUGGCUUUAGGCCAUUAAGAUCGAUUCUGGACCCUGCCCGCCUGACUUCUUACUCCCACCCCAACCCUUACACCUUCCAGCUGAGC